GGACUGAGCAACGUUUCGAGCAGUGCCACACUAGCCAAGCAUUCCGCAAGACGCCUUGCAAGGCGUGGCACGACUCUUGGUUCUUUUCAUCGCCUCAUAGGGUCAAGCUCUAACCUGCGACUGCACAAGGUACUACACACGAUCGGGAUCCCGUUAAUAUCAUAGAGCGAAAAAAGACAUAGCAUCAUCGAAUAUUGAUGUGAUAGUAUGCUCCCACAAGAUUAAGAACCUGACAACUCUCACAACACAUAAAAAUGAUGGAACAGUAAGUAGAAAAUAGCGAGCAAGGCCGAUGGAAGACAAAGAAGAUAGAGUUCCUGAAGAUGAUGUUGACCUCCAUUUUACCCAUCAUGACUUGGUUAUGGUUUAGUCAUCCCUUUGACGCUUAAUUGUCAGUCCUCGUCCUUUUUACGGUCCGCCAUGAAUCGGCAAGUUAGCCAGGCACGAGAGCAGAUACCUAGCCCCCUGGCAAACACUAGUGAUCAACUGCAGGCGGAGAUACACUGGCUCUACGACACUGUCGCAUCCUUGAACCCACGUACAAAUACAUUUUGGCGCUGCAUUUUUCACAAUCGCAUUCAGUAUCAAGAGGAAUCUCACAUACACUCGGUCUUAAGAGGAAUCUUACAUGAUACACAAGAAGAAAUAAAUGAAUCGCCAGAUGAAAAUGCGACUCGAAAUCCAUUCUGUACUAGAAACCGCUGGCUGCGUCGUUUCACAUCGUGGCUUUCAUAUCGGAAACGGAAAGCAGGGCAGCGAGCACGCACGGCCUGUCGAAAACUCUCUGCCUGCCUAUGAGCUGAGCUGGUCAGCCGGUCUUACUUUCUGCGAGUGCGACGUUAUUUGUACAAGGGAUGGAAAGUUAUGAAGCAUAGAAAUAGAGAAAAAAGGGAAGAACUAGAACUUUGAUUUGAUGAAGCCGGGCCAUCUUGAUCUUCUUUCUGACGCGAAUCAUGAAAUUCAUAUGUUCUGUGACGAGUAACUCUUUUUGGCUUGGAGCACGUGUCUAAAGAACCUCAACUAGCACCAUGAUUAUAGCUCUAGACCUAGUUUAUUUAGUCAUGAUCCACUUGCUGCUCUUCCUCGUGGUGAAGGACCUCCUGCUGUCCCUUCGCGCUCUAAGGCAAAUCAUUCUGAAUCACGACAGCAACCUUCGCCGGCUCGGCCUUGACGUCGGGAAUCAAAAGCUGAACCUAAGCAAGGACGUGGGGGAGCUUGAUUGUAUGGUUGGUUAUGCGUCAUAUUUGCAUCAAGCAAGAUCGCCACGAAAACAGGUUACUUUUUUUAGCUUGUUGAACUUGAUGAAGCCGCCACAUUUAUAAUUGAGUUCGUCUUCGUACUAGAACUGGUCGAUCUAGAUACAGUAGCGAAUGAUAAACAAGUAGAUUAUGCCGUGGACGGAGCUGCAAAAAAAAUGUGAAGAUGUAAUAGGACUAGCGACUGAAGAUGAGAUUUGACGUCCUACAUCAGUAAACACAACCGCGCAUAGUCGUGCUGUGAUUCAUUUUUCUGAAUCAAUACAAAAACUAAAAAAGGAGCAUAGCUAGAAAGUACUAACUCUUCAUCUUUUAGAAUUACUAGCUCGGAGUCUUUCCGCUAGCUCUAGAGUGGAUUUGUGUAAUCGUCUCUUGGUUCAUUUUCGUCCGUCAAGUGAUGAAAACACCGCUCCGAUCUGGAGUGCGGCCGCCGUUGUUGACAGAAGUUCUCUCGUCAGCUGGAGAACUAGGCGACGGCGCAAAGCUAGUAAUCGAGUUGAAAUGCGGUCCCGCAACAGGUGGCGGACAAUCACCAGGAAUGAUCACUGUACUACUUCUUGGUCAUAGUUGAUGGUAGAUAGGCGGGGGAUUGGCUUACAAUUUAUUCAAGGUUGCCUUUGCAGGCAGCUGCUGAUUGUGAUUGGAGAUUCUACUAGCGUGAUGCUCCUAUACCAAAAGUUGUCCAAAUCGAUGAUGCAGUUACAGCGGAUUAGAAAAAGUGGUGAAGUGGGAGGCGACGCAGGUGAAGAAUGCAUCUGAACAAUCAACGUAUCUAGUCUAGGCUACUCAUGCGAAAGAAAACCAAAUUCAAAAGUCGCGAACGUAGUCGUAAAAUAAAAUAAGAUAUAAGGUAUAUCGCCUGAUCGAGUUGUUGAAAUCCGAUCUAACCCUUGUGAAGAAUAUUGGGGUUAUCAUGUCAUUUGACCUCUACGUCAUGGGUGAAUUGGCGAAGCAAUGGGCUGCAGAGGUACCUACAUUUAUGAAUACGAUAUUUAUGCCCAUUGCAUGAUUGCGCUCUCGUUGGCACCAAUCUUUAUCAAAAACGCUGCUGAAGCUGACGCGAAGGUGUUCUCGCGAAGAAUUUUAUUGAUAACGAUUUCAAGCGCGAUAUUUGGAAUUGAUGAUGACGGAAGACAACUACAACGCCUUUCUGUUGUCUCUGAAAAAUAUUGCUCAAUUGGAAUUGAUGAUCAUGAUUUCAAUUUUUUUCUCGUUUUCCACCACAUGCAAGUACAACUUGUUCAUCAGCAUUAUCAUACAACAGAUUCAGCCGCUUCUCGACGAACUUAAUGGGGUGGAUCUCUCACUAGACCUCCAGGAUGCAGUUGAGAAUGAUCCGACGCCAUCGCUAACGCCCAAAGCAUGUCGUGGAGCCCAUCGUGGAGCUCGAAGUCGCGGAGGCGAGAUAAUGAUUCCACCGUCUAUACUUACGGAUCGUUCUUGAUUAGCACUAGUAAAAUCAAUAUCCACUACCACUCCUAGUACAACUCGGCAGCUGCAAUAUACUUAGAUAGAUGCUAUAAGAACGAUAGAUACUUGUGUUGUUUUCAAGGGAGAAGGACUAGACGGGAACAUCAAGGAAGACUCCGCGUAGUACUCGAAGUACUUCGGAAGUCAUAAAAAUAGUUUGAAAUGAUUCUUCAUGGCCUUGCCAGAAUAUUUGUUCAAAGGGUCCUCGUCUAAUAUACCGGAGGACAGCAAUGAUUUGCGGAGGACAAACAGGAGCCGUUCACGAAGUAGCAGCAGAUCAUCACGAGGAGGAAGCCUUUUCUCCGAGCAGAUAUCACCUCCCGAAAUCCAGAUCAAGAUGGUACCCGACCUCGGUGAGAACGAUGAUAUUUCAAAGAACGACCACGAUUUUUUUGGCGAGGGUGACAGCUCGUGCACUUCAAGUGGUACCGCUACAGGAAACGCCGUGGCAGGAGGCAUUCUCAAAAACAUCAAAAGGACGUCAGAAAACACUAGAAGAACUGCUGAUGUGCGGCACCAGACAAGUGUGUUGAGUAGAGAAUAUCCUCCACAAGCUGCAGAGAGGCGAGGAAUAAGCGAGGCAGAAGCAACCUCGUCAGCGGAUCGAAAACUCGAGAAGCACUUGGAAGAAGAAGAGGUGCAGGCACCCUCCAAUGGGGC